CGACACUCAGUGGUGGAAUACGUUCUGUAUGUACCAGCCAUGAUGAAAACAUCAUACUGGAUAGUGAUUUUAUUUCUUGUUUUCAAACAAAACGAAGGAGAGCUGACGAAACCAGUGAUACAAGCAAACAAUUUACCAAUAGUGGAAUACACCCAAACCCGCUUCACGUGCAGUUCGAAAUUUCAGCCUGUUCCCGUUAACAUCAGUAGUGAAGAAAUUACGUACACGUGGUUCCUUAACGGGGUCAAGGUUACACAGGGAGCAAAGCUGAAUGUCUACAGUCCUAAACUCAACCGGAAACAGACUGGUACCGCGUUAACAUGCUCCGCUUCCGACGUCCUGGGAAACAAGUCACCAAUCAGCGCUGCUCUUAAAUUUGAUGUGCAAUACAAACCCGGAAAACCGGUGUUCAAGCCCGAAGCCGAUGUUUACGUUCUGGGUAACAACUGCACCAACACUGUGGGUCCUAUCGUCUGCUACAGCGACUGUAACCCACGGUGCUCUUACCGGUGGAAGCUGGACAACUCUCGGUUAAACGGUGCCACGUUUCCCUUGACGAUUCUCGCACGUGCAACGCGUGACCAAACGCAGCUAUUCUGCAUUUCUUUUAACAGGCAUGGAAAUUUCACCCGCCAUAUUACCAUACGCUUUGUACCGGAAGCACCACGAGAUUUUUAUUGCACUGAACGCACCGAGGAUUCUGUACUGCUGGUUGGAAAAUCCACCAAUAAAAACGUACAAAUUGAAGUAUCAAAAGGAAAAUUCUCAGAUGUUUCAGACUCCUUCUCAGAUGUUUCAGACUCCUUCUCAGAUGUUUCAGACUCCUUCUCCAAUGUGUUCUGCAUUCAUUCUGCACCUUGAGCACGAAGGAAACACCUUUAAAGCAAACGUCAGUGGUUUGACUGAAGGAACUAACUUCCUGUUCCGGGUCUUCGCGCAGAAUCCGUCUGGACGCAGCGAUCCUGCUGCAACAGUUUGUCAAACAAGGAGUGCGCCGUUGCAAAGUGGUCAGAUGGCUGGUUCCUCUGGUCUGAGUUUCCCUGUGGGUAUCGCUGUCGGUGUAUCGAUUAUCGUCCUGCUCAUCAUCAUUGCUCUGCUGAUAGCAGCUCUCUACUUCAAGACAUCUGUCGCAGGCAAGAGAAAAGCUGAAGGUUUAAAAGCACUCUUUUUCCAGUCUGCAAACAAAAGUAGCAGUGAGAGGAAGGGGCCCGAAGGGAUUGAAACCCAGGACAGUGUAACACCAGGCACGCAGUACGAAACACUGGGACCAACUCAGCCGCAAACUCCGGUAACUUACGAGAAACUCCAGCUUUAUGAGAACCAAGACUUUCAGAAAAAAAGUGGAAAGAAACCAGUUAAUCAAGAUAACAUAUACGUCAACGACGUCGACCUGAAUGCAAUGCCCUAGAGACACCGUCAGUCGAGGGAGACAAAAACUACCACUGGCCCACCAUACAGUAUACAUUACGAAAUACCUUCUUUAAUGCUAGGGUCAGACUACCAACUGCCAGCAGAAAGUUGGCCAAUUUGCUAAUCUGAGCGCUCUUACAAAUCGAUUCUCGUCUAUUCACCCAUUAGUUGUUAAUCUACGCGCAUCCGUCGUCUCAUGGACUUACCCUCCUCAGUGAUGUACCAGAAGUAUAGGGAAAUACGUUUCUUUUACCCUGGAAUAAUACGUUUGUGGUCAGUUAACAUAAAACUUGUUUACAAUCUGUAUCGCACGAAAAGGCUUUCUUCCGAACUUUCCCUCUUCAGUUAUUAUAUAGAAGUAUUGGGAUGUACGUCUUUAUUCCCCAGUAGACCACGUUUUAAGUCAGUUAACGUCACUAGGGUGAUAUGUGCAGAUCAUAAUCUAGAUGAAAACCGUGCCUAGCACGGGGCAGUUUAGAUGGGUUAUGGUGGCCUUGCACUGUAGAUCAUUAGCCGAUCAUUAGUCAUGUAUAUAGCCACUUCUAUGUUAAGUGACAAACAUGGCGACAUACAGUGCAGUUGUAUUUAUCAGGGAUGUGAGAGGAGCUGGAACAAAAAAGGUUACUGCGGCAGGGGUCCAGGGGCCGCUCAAGGGCCCCUGAAGGAAACAUGUUGUUUGCAACCCUUAGAACUGCCAACGAUUGCAUUCAAUGCUAACAAAUCUAAACAGGUUAUAUAUAGAAUAUGAGGCAGACAUCAUAAACUUGAAACCGUGAAAACAUGCAAAUGAACCUUGUGUGGUCAGCAGUAUUGAACAUCAUGUUUUGUUUGUUUUAGACGAAAUGGAAAAACGCAUUUAAGCGUUUCCGCGUAGCUCUCACAUCCCUGAUUUAUGGAACCUAUCUUUGUACGGUAGUCGACUGGAUCUGAGUUCAAAAGGAUCCUCGCCAAUUCGAUUGUAUAUAUUACUAUCUCUUCCUCCGGUUGAUUGUUAUCGAAAUACAUUUAUAUAUGAACAUAUGAUAAAUAUUCAUUACUAUUACGUAAAAGGAUUUAUUACCUACGAGGUACAGCAUAACGAGGGUCAUAUUUAUCGUACGAUUUCCCUCGUAUGUCAUAACUAAAUCGUAUGUCCUCUUGA